CGGGCUCGGGUGGGGCCCGGAGGCGGCGAGUGACAGCAGCCACAGCGGGCCGCGGGAGCAGGGCUGGUGGCAGCCAUGUCGGACAGCGGGGCGAGCCGCCUGCGGAGGCAGCUGGAGUCGGGGGGCUUCGAGGCUCGGCUGUACGUGAAGCAACUGUCGCAGCAGUCGGACGGCGAUCGCGACCUGCAGGAGCACCGGCAGCGGGUGCAGGCGCUGGCGGAGGAGACGGCGCAGAACCUGAAGCGCAACGUCUACCAGAACUACCGGCAGUUCAUCGAGACGGCGCGCGAGAUCUCCUACCUGGAGAGCGAGAUGUACCAGCUGAGCCACCUGCUGACUGAGCAGAAGAGCAGUCUGGAGAGCAUCCCGCUGGCACUGCUGCCCGCCGCCGCCGCUGGCGCCUCCGCGGGUGAGGACACGGCGGGCGCGGGGACGCGGGAGCGCGGGGCGGCCCAGGCGGGCUUCCUGCCCGGGUCGGCGGGCGUCCCUCGCGAGGGUCCCGGGACUGGCGAGGAGGGCAAGCAGCGAACUCUCACCACGCUGCUGGAGAAGGUGGAGGGCUGCAGGGACCUGUUGGAGACGCCAGGUCAGUACCUGGUGUACAACGGGGACCUGGUGGAAUACGAGGCGGACCACAUGGCCCAGCUGCAGCGCGUGCACGGCUUCCUCAUGAACGACUGUCUGCUGGUGGCCACCUGGCUGCCCCAACGCCGGGGCAUGUACCGCUACAACGCGCUCUACCCGCUGGACCGCCUGGCGGUGGUCAACGUCAAAGACAACCCUCCCAUGAAAGACAUGUUCAAGCUGCUCAUGUUCCCCGAGAGCCGAAUCUUCCAGGCGGAAAAUGCCAAGAUUAAACGCGAGUGGCUGGAAGUGCUGGAGGAAACCAAGAGGGCGCUCAGCGACAAGAGGAGGCGGGAGCAGGAGGAGGCAGCAGCCCCGCGUGCGCCACCACCGGUCACUUCCAAGGGCAGCAACCCGUUUGAGGAGGAGGAUGACGAAGAACUGGCCACCCCCGAGGCAGAGGAGGAAAAGGUUGACCUGUCCAUGGAGUGGAUCCAGGAGUUGCCCGAAGACCUGGAUGUUUGUAUUGCACAGAGGGACUUUGAGGGUGCCGUGGACUUGCUGGACAAGUUAAAUCACUACCUAGAAGAUAAGCCCAGCCCACCUCCCGUGAAAGAGCUGAGGGCCAAAGUGGAUGAACGAGUGCGACAGCUCACCGAGGUGCUUGUGUUUGAGCUCUCCCCGGAUCGCUCUCUGAGAGGCGGCCCAAAGGCUACUCGAAGGGCGGUGUCCCAGCUGAUCCGGCUGGGCCAGUGCACGAAGGCUUGCGAGCUGUUUCUGAGGAACAGGGCAGCAGCCGUGCACACUGCCAUCCGCCAGCUUCGGAUCGAGGGUGCCACGCUGCUCUACAUUCACAAGCUGUGCCACGUCUUCUUUACCAGCCUCCUAGAGACUGCAAGGGAGUUUGAGACAGACUUCGCAGGCACGGACAGUGGCUGCUACUCUGCCUUUGUGGUCUGGGCAAGGUCUGCAAUGGGCAUGUUCGUGGAUGCUUUCAGCAAGCAGGUCUUUGACAGCAAGGAGAGCCUGUCCACGGCUGCUGAGUGUGUGAAGGUAGCCAAGGAGCACUGCCAGCAGCUGGGAGAGAUCGGGCUGGAUCUCACCUUCAUCAUCCAUGCCCUUCUGGUGAAGGACAUCCAGGGGGCCUUGCACAGUUACAAGGAGAUUAUCAUUGAAGCCACCAAGCACCGAAACUCAGAGGAGAUGUGGCGUCGGAUGAACCUGAUGACUCCUGAGGCCCUGGGCAAGCUCAAGGAGGAGAUGAGAAGUUGUGGGGUCAGUAACUUUGAGCAGUACACGGGAGAUGACUGCUGGGUGAACCUGAGCUACACAGUGGUAGCCUUCACCAAGCAGACCAUGGGCUUCCUGGAGGAGGCCUUGAAACUGUACUUCCCAGAGCUGCACAUGGUGCUCCUGGAGAGUCUGGUGGAAGUCAUACUGGUUGCUGUGCAGCAUGUGGACUACAGCCUGCGGUGCGAGCAGGACCCCGAGAAGAAGGCUUUCAUCAGACAGAAUGCAUCCUUUCUCUAUGAAACCGUCCUCCCAGUGGUGGAGAGGAGGUUUGAGGAAGGUGUGGGGAAGCCUGCCAAGCAGCUGCAGGACCUUCGGAAUGCGUCUAGACUACUGCGGGUGAAUCCCGAGAGCACCACUUCUGUGGUCUGAGGCUCUGGUUCACUGUGCGUGUGUGUGCGUGUGUGCGUGUGUGUGAAUGUGUACAUGUACUAGAGAUGCAUUCUUUGUAUUUACAUUACAUAAUGUCAACACAUUCCUCAGAGACACAAACAGCAUAUAAAAGUGUCCUCUUAAAAAUGCAGUCAAAAGAAGAACGAUAAUAUCUUAAGCGCCACCCCUCCCCUCAGUAUUGGGAUUGUUAGAACAUACACCAUGGUUUUUUUUAAAAAACUCUUUUAAGGAGUGUAUGGUCAUACCAGAGCAUUUCAGGUUCCUCUUUAACUUGAAACACGUCUGACAGUAGCACAUCCAGGAGCACUACACUUCUAUGCUGCCUAGAAAAAUAUGUAAGUCCACAGGGUUUAAGUAUGUUGUGAAGCAUUCCAGUUCAACAAAAUGGCUUCUUAAUGGUCAGUGCUGUGUAACACACCUGUGUCAUGUACUCCUGAAUCAAAUCAACUUGGAAAGAAAUGAGUUGGGAAAAUUGGUUUGGGAUAGAUUUGAAUAAAUGGGCCCCAGAUUCUUCAGUAUUUGCAGCGUGUGGAAGGAAGUCUUCAUAAAACUUUGCAGGCAUCCAAUAGUCACUGAAAGGAAGCAUGUUCCAAGGCUAAUUAGAUGCAUCUUUUUUCGGGGGUGGGGUGGGGAAAUCACAAGGACUACGUUGAAAUUUUAACAUAUUCCAGAACUGAAUGGAUUUGCUGCUUCAACACAUUUUGCCAUGUUCAGUGAGUCUUGCUGAAAAGUCACACCAAGGAUCCUAGCAGUAGGCGGGUCAGUGACCCCAGGCCCUGCAGACACUUCACCACCAGCCUGGGUUUGAAGACUUCUGGCAAAUGCAGAACUCCCUAUUUGAGUAAUUAGAGUUCAGGAUGUCUGUAGAUUAGGAGUUAAAAAAAAGAAUGCAGUGUCACUCCUUAAGAAUGCCAGAGAUUUGUUUUUGGUUGUCUUCUUGAUAGGUUUCAGCCCAGACUGGUUUUGAGCUGGCUUUGUAGUCAAGGAUGACCUUGAAUUUCUAAUCCUCCUGACUCCACUUCCCAAGGGCUGGGAUUACAGGUAUGUGCCACAAUCCAUUUAUACUGCGUUGGAGAACAAACCCUGACUUUGCUCAUACUAGGCAAACACCCUACCCACUGCUCCCCCUGCUGCCUGACAGGUUUUUGUAACUUAGUAACUGAGUGGAGACACACCUCAAGCACAGGGAAGGGACCUGCUGCGACUCCUCAAAUGCUGUGCUGCAUUUUAAAAAAUGAGUCUAGCAUGCUGGUGCACACUUUUAAUCAGAGCACUGGGAGGCAGGGGCAAGUGGAUCUCAGAGUUCAAGGCCAGCCUGAUCAACAAAGUGAAUUCCAGGACAGCCAGGGCUCUGUAGAGAGACCCUGCCUUAGUAAAAACAACUUUUAAGAGAAUUCCAGAUUGUAAUACUUAUUUCAGGUUGUCCAGUAAAGAGAAAGGCGGGUAGGUGGGAACCCCUAAGAUUUCUAAAAUGAGCUCUGCUUUAUCUUAAUGUUCUGUUAGAAUGCGUUUGCUGAGACCCAUUUUCGCACUAGCUUGUAACUGUGGUUUUUCUCCAUGACACAUGUUUUUAUGUCCAUUGGUUCUAAAGAUUAUCUCUUGUCUGAAUAAAAAAGGUAGUAGUAAGCCAUAAAAUGAUGUAAAACCCUAAAUGGUUUCUGCAGUGAUUCACAGUUAACCUCCUCGGCUUCACUGACUCAAGUCAGGCCAGCAGUCUCUCUCUCUUUUUUUUUUUUAGCUCUCCAUACAUAGAAAGAUCGCUGAGAUCGCCAUUACAGACUUUCACUUUUUCCAUGUUAGGGUGUGUUGUUUUAAAUGACAGGGUCUAUGAAGACCAAGCUGGCCUUGAACUCACAGAGAUCUUGCCUCUGCCUCCUGAGUACUGGGAUUAAAGUUGUGCUCCACUAUGCCUUGCUAAGUUAGAAUUUUCUACAUGACCAUAUCUGGAUGUCCUAGCCAAACAAAUAUACUGAUUUCUCUUAAGAUCACUGGAAACUUGAAUUUCAUAGAAUUGUGUGGUUGUGAUGAUUAUUUGGUGCCACUUGGAGUUUAAUAAAUGAAACAUGCUGUGUGGAGAUGGCAUAGCUGUAAGAAUGCUGACGUGUUUCCCCCUAUAAUAAAUGGCUGUAACUUUAUGGAAA